UGCCUGCAAUUAAUGUUCAUGAUUUUAGCUUGAGGUAACCAAUGCUGUUAACCCACCUUGAAAAAUGUAUGCUGCUGACUCCAAUGCUUUUCUUAUACCAAUGAGUUUGCUUGUUAUAAGCAAAAUAUUGAUUUUGAAAUAUUUAAUCCAAAGAUAUAAAAACUUGACUAGUUUCAAUUCCCAUUGCUCUUCAUUACUAUAAUGCAAGUUAUGUCUUGCCAACAUUGGUGGUUUGAAAUUGCCGCAUGUACAAUAGUGCCUCUUAUGUGCUGCAAUUUGUAUUUCAACAGUCACUUGUUCCACUGAUCUGUUCUGCUGAGCCACGACAGAUUCCAUGAACCUGGGACAAUAGGCUCCUUUUGUGUAAUUUUUAAUUGCUUCAGGUCCAUGCCCAUUUUCUUUCUUGCUUGUAUUGUGGCUAUCUUUUCAUACUUUGUAAAAAUUGUAUGUUUCUAGUAGGUAGAUCUUUAGGAUGAAACACUAAGAAUUAUUUUAGGAUAAAAACCACUCUGCCAUUCCUUCAUUAGAGAGCGUCACACGCCUUUCAGUCCUACCCCAUUCUGCCAUUUCUUCAUUGGAAAGCGCUAAGAUUUUAUUUUUUAUCCAUUGAAAGAAAUUGUAAUGGGCAGAGUAAUAAAAAUUAACUUCGGAACCAUCAGCUCAUUAGUGCAUUUUUUUCCAUUUGUCAUGUCUUGCUCUACCACUUCACAACCGGAAUGCAACUAUUUGCCAGGCGAUGCUUGGCAGGCUGCGGUCAAGUCGGCCGCUGCUGCUCGUGGCUGUGGUCGUCUGCAUUAUCCUGUACAUGGCGGGACAUCGUCUGAGCAGCGUCUCUAUUGAGCCUCCCAGUUUCUUCCCGUGGACCGCCGCCAGUGACCGCAACGUGUCAGCUUACGUGUCUACAGCAAGGCAAACGUCGUUGUUGACGCCCCGGGAGCGAUGCUCAGGAGACGAGUUCUUGGUGGUGGUGGUGCCAAGCAGUCCUGGCAACAGCCAACGGCGCAAAGCCAUCAGAAAUACUUACGGUCAGUGGAUCCGUCAAGUGGAUAGUGCGACGACCACACGGAAACUUUUGCAACUCAGUGAUGGAUGGAAUACACUUAACAAUGAGGAUGAAAAGUCGACUUACGUCGCGAGGAAGGAUUACCUCGACCAUCCGAGUCCGCUACUGACGAAUAGCAAAGUCUCAGCUGCUGGGGACGUGUCUCAAGGCAUGACUCGAGAGCUUUUCUCUCUUGAUGGUGAACAUGAUAUGAAGGACAACUCGCCUAUAUCUGCAAAGUCUGCUUCUGAUGAAACGAAGACAGCCACCACAGCUUCAGUGCAUCACACGCGCGGCCCUUUGGGGCCUCGUGUACAGCAUUCUACUUUUGCCGAACUCAAUCGUACCCUCAAAGGCAAACUCUUCUUCAUUUUGGGUCGGGAAAAUUCUGAGUCGGGCGUAAGUGCUUCGUUGAUGAACGAGCAAGAAGUGUACGGGGAUAUCAUAGUCGAAGAUUUCGUUGAUACAUACCAAAACUUGACUCUGAAGAGCCUUUUCAUGAUCAAGUACAUAACGAAUCAUUGUCCCGACGUCAAAUAUGUUGCUAAAGUGGACGAUGAUGUCUUUCUACACGUGCCAAAUUUACAAAGAACUUUAAUUACUAAAGACACUUCAGAAAAGCUCAUCCUGGGAUGUCUUUUCUGCUACGUUCGGCCUAUCCUGAACCCAACAAGCAAAUGGUUCUCACCUCGGUACAUGUAUCAAGGUGAUCAUUAUCCUAAUUACGUAUCAGGCACCUCCUACGUUUUGUCAGGCAACGUGUUGACUCCGCUUCUUGCAGCCGCGAUCCACACGCCGCUCUUCCACCUCGAGGACGUAUUUAUCACGGGCAUUUUAGCCAGAAUGAUCGGGGUCAAGCCUCGGGACAGUAUGGAUUUCUCUUACCAAACUCGACCGACAAAUCCUUGUCUCUACCAGACCGCUUCUAUGGGGCAUGAAAUGGAGCCUCUGCAGAUGUACAAGUUGUGGAAUAUGUUACAUUUACGCGGCAUGACCAGCUCGUGCAAGCCUUUCACCGCCGCGGAAACACGCGGCUACAUGCCCUCCAAGUGCGAUGCAAACAUUAUUCACAAUGAAAGCGUGUUAUUAUGUAUGUAUAUAUGCAUUAUCAUUACAACAUCAAACUUAUGUAUGCGUUAUUGUUCAGAAGUCAAGCUUAUGUAUGCAAUGUCGUUACGACAUCAAGCAUAUUUGGCAGGGUGGCCUAGCGGUUAAAGUUCAGAGUAUCAGGAUUUGCGCAGGGAGGCGCGGGUUCGAUC